CAGGAUCGCACCACAUGACCACACCCAUCAAUUUAGUUCAGCAAGAAGACCUACAAGAUGAGUUCCAUCCUUCCUGCAGAUACCGAUCAACAAAGCCCUCCUCCUGUCAGUCCUCCCCCUCUUCCACCACGCAAGACCUUCAUACAGCAGCAGCUUGUUCUCGAAAAUCUUCUUCGGGAGGUUGGAGGAAAGCUUUCAGACCUGUACAAGAAAACAAGGCAGUGGGACUUCGUCACUGAGUUAGCUCAAACACUGGGCACUAACUCUGAAAGGCUCUCCUUACUUUUCAAAUCUGUCAUUGAUCCUUCUUUUAGUUUCACGAUGGAGGACAAUAGCAUUCAGUCCACAUCUUUCGAUAAAUCUGUUGCUGUUACCCAAGAAGAUGACCAGUGGGUUAUUAGACUGUCAGACAGGCCAAAACCCAUCAGGAGAACACUCGAUGAUAUUGUUCAUUUGAAGUCCCACCUUGCAACUGAACAUUCUUUAAAAGUAGCAGAUGAAGAGGGUCCACCGUCUUGUUCAGCACUUCGUGAGCUCCUUUCUUUAUGUUUGAGCAGCAAUGCAAUCAAACAAGAUUGCUACGUCAUAUGUUUUCUCUCGGAUGAAGUUCAAGAUUUUUCACUUGUCAACAGUAAAAUGAAGCCCUCAAAUGAUGCUAAUGCAAGUGUAGUCGAUACGGAGAUUGAAAAAGUGCCGUCUGACUCUGAUAUCAAAAAGCAGAUAAAAGAAGCCUCUUCUGAUAUUUCAAUAGAGGAAUUAGAAGGCUCUCCACAAGUGCCUAAAAGGACUUCUAACAUGGCUUCAGAGGCAGGACAAAUAACAUCUGUGUCCCCUCCUGUCAGUCCUCUUCUUAAAGAUCAGCUUGUGAAAUCAGUGUCUAAACCUGAGAAUAGCUCAGAUGAAAUAUUGAGCGAAACUGCCAGUGAAACAGAAUUACGAAAUGAGGAGUCAAAGGGCAGCAAAAGUGUUUAUGGUUCAUCAGCAACACCUGAUCCUGUACCCUCAAAACCUUCCAAAAAGAAGUCAACUCAAAAAUCGAAGAAAGUUAAGAAUAAAGAACAAGAACAAACUGCUGUAUCAUUAGCGGCACCUCAAUCAAGUAUUGAAUGGGAUCCAACAUGUCUGUUAGAAGAGCUUUAUAAUGACAGUCAGCCUGGUGUCAUAACACAGGCAAAUGAAGAGAAUGCACGAUAUUCUGGCUAUUUGGAAAAACUACCUGUGAAUCAACGAAAACCUUCAGUGAGGAAAGGAUGGAAGCUUCGCUUCUUUCGUGUCACGCGAGGUAGCGUCUUUUACUAUGAUGGGGAGACUUCUGCAAAAGCUACAUCAUUUAUUCGCUUAGCCGAUUCCAAGAUAGUUAAGCAUGAUAACCUGCAGUUGGAAAUAAUUGAAAAAGGGAGUAGUAACUCCCUAAUGCUCCGAGUAAAGAAUAUGCAGGAAUUAGCUACUUGGUAUCGAGUGUUGUCACUUGAGUCAGUUCAUCCUACCAUGACACACAGACUGUCCCUUUCUCCUAGUCAGUCUGCUUUAACUCUUAUUGUAGACCUCGGAGCUUGCUCUGUUCGAGCUGGAAUAGUCCACGAGAAUACUUACCCUCAGCUCUUUUUCCCCAAUGUCUGUGCUGCUAAUGGUGAUAAGAUAAUUGAAUGUGGGAAUGAAGCCCUGUUGCCUGAAAUACGCUCUACCACAAAACUAAUUUAUCCAUGUCGUCAUCGCCUUCGACUCGAUGCUAAUGUACCUAUGAGAGAUUGUUUCCAGUUUAUAAUUCAGAAAAUUUGCAAGUCUUUGCACCUUGAGCCUCAGAACAGCAAUGCUUUAAUUUCUGUAUCUCCAGUAAUGCCAGAAUCGGAGCAAGUUAUACUGGCUGAGAUACUCUUGGAAGUACUCAAUUUUCAGAGUGUUUUAAUUCAAGAGCAAACAACAAUGGCAUUAUACUCUUACAACCACACUUCGGGUAUUGUUGUCAAUCUUGGCGAUUCUACGGAUGUCGUUCCUAUCAUUGACGGUUUUAAAGUUGAUGCUGGUGCUUCUCAUUCUCCUUAUGGAGGUCACUCCAUCAAUGAAAAUUUGUCCAAGCUGAUAGCUGCAGAAGGCAUUCGUUACUUUUCUGAGGCUGAGAUGUUUAUCGUGCGUUAUAUAAAAGAAAAUAUAUGCUUCUUGUCUCAGAAUUAUCUUGAAGAUGUAUGCCAAUGUGAAGAGUCUCCUUCUAAUUAUAUUCGAGCUGUUGAUGUUGACCGGUUCCAGUUAACAGAUCACAGAAAAGUGAUACAUCUUCAUUCGCCUUUAUUUAAAUCCCCGGAAGGUUUAUUUUCUCCUGGAUUGUGGGGUAAAGAUGUACUUGGAUUACAUGAGAUGGUUCAAAAGGCCAUUGAUCAAUGCCCUAUUGAUAUGCGUCGUCAAAUGGCGCGUCAUAUCUAUCUAGCUGGUGGUACAACACUAUUAAUUGGACUACAGGAGCGUUUACAGAAGGAAUUGCAAGCUCUGAAUCCUCGCUUGGAUGUACAAGUUCAUGGAAGUGAGAACAGACAACAUGCUGCUUUCUUAGGUUCUGGUGUAUUAGCUUCUCUUAAUUCUUUUUCGAAGUCGUUAGUUGAUGCAGAAACCUGGGCUGCUAAGGGGCUUAGUGCUAUGAGGCAAAGUGAAGCAUAACAGAGUUCGCUGCCAUCAUAAAUUAUUAUUACUAUGGUUAUUUUGUGAAAAAUUAUUUUUGUGUAUUGUGUUUUUAUGGCCGGAAGUAGGUGGUACCAUUUAAUUAAUAA